CGUCUGCAGUUCACCACACGCUGGGUUAUAUUAAAGGGAAUAACUGUAAUAAUUAGCUGUGAUCAUUCAGUCGGUGAUCAGCGCUGGAGUGGCUCAGUGUCGGUCAGAUCGGGAGAGGGAGAGGGAGAGGUGUUUGUCGGCCCUUUCUCCGCUUUCAUUAUUUAUUUCCUUAUUAACUGCGAUCAAAACAUUGAUGCUGGAUCCUCCGCCGCCGAGCUCCAGAGCCGCUGAUCAGCUGCAGUUUUCCUCCCCACAGAGAGCGUGUGUGUGUCGGCAUGGCUCGCCCUCGGCCCCGGGAAUAUAAGGCGGGAGAUCUGGUGUUCGCCAAGAUGAAGGGAUACCCGCACUGGCCGGCGCGGAUUGAUGAGCUGCCGGAAGGAGCCGUGAAACCACCAGCUAAUAAAUACCCCAUCUUCUUCUUCGGCACCCAUGAAACUGCCUUUCUGGGCCCUAAAGACCUGCUGCCCUAUAAGGACUAUAAGGAUAAGUUCGGGAAGUCCAACAAGAGGAAAGGCUUCAAUGAGGGUCUGUGGGAGAUCGAGAACAACCCCGGGGUCAAGUUCACCGGCUUCCAGGUGAUGCAGCAGAGCUCCUCUGAGACCGAGUGUGAGGGUGGGAACGCCGCUGACGGCAGCAGUGAUGGAGACUCCGCCGCCGAGGAGGACGAGGCCCAGAUGAAGAUCGAUAAAGCUGGCCCCAAGCGGAAGAAAAGCACAUCCUCCAAGGUGUCCAAGCAGUGCAGGAAGGGUUCCGGAGACGAGGAUCUGGAGAAGGACGGGAAAGAUGAGCAGAAGAGCGGAUCAGAAGCUGGUGACCAUGACAACAACAUCCAGAACUCCUCAGACAAGACGAGUCCAGGGACUCUCCGGGAGGAUCAUUAGACGCCCUGCGGCUCCUGGAGGAUUCUGGGAUACUGUAAAUGCAUAUUAUUACUCUGAUCACCUGCAGUCUCCACACAUGACCAUCCAGCUCACACACACACACACACACACACACACACACACACACACUCCAGUGAGCCUCGUUCCUUCUGCUGUUCUGGAUUUGGAGGCUUCUGGAGCUCCUCAUUCCCUGAUCUUCAUCGUCGUGUGCUGUGGUAGAGGUUUCCCUGUUUCUCCAUGAGUAGACUGUGUGUGUGUGUGUGUGUGUGUGUGCGUGUGCGUGCGUGUGCAUUCGCAAGUGUGUGUGUAUGCAUGCACCUGCCUGUGCCAGUGUGCAUGUGUGUGUGUGUGUGUGUGUGCGCCUGUCUCCAGCACUUCAGUCCUCAGGCCUGACACCAUUGAGGAGAAACGAGUGGAAACUGUAGAACAAUAGUGACGUGUUGUGCUCAUCAGAGCUGCUGUAGUGGUGUGUGUGUGUGUGUGUGUGUGUGUGUGUGUGUGUGUGUGUCUGUAGGCCUGGUUUGGGUGUAGAUGGUAGGAGCCUGUAUUGUUGCCCAGCGCUCAAGGAAUCGCUCGUGUUUAUAGGUGGUGACUCUCCGUGUGUGUGUGUGUGUGUGUGUGUGUGUGUGUGUGUGUGUGUGUGUGUGUGUGUGUGGUGGCAUGGCUUCUCCUCCUGCUGAUGUUCUUCUGUCUGCUGUCCCUCUAAACUCAGAUUUGUGUCGUUGUUGUUCCUGAUUUUGUUUAUAUGAGGAUUACUGUAUUUAUUUUUGAUCUGUGAUGAACACACACACACACACGCACUCGCUCGGUUGCUUUAGGCUGUUAUGGCCUCUUCAUGUGGCGUUCUCCAGGUUUGUAGCUCUGUGUGAACUCUUUCCCUGUUUAUCGACAGUUUUACAGAAUAAACUCAUUGGAAUGCA